AUGCGGCGGCUAAUAUCCCUUAUCGGGAUAUUAGUUCUGCGUUCCGGUGUCGCAUCGAAUACGAUUGUUGACGAUGACGAUAGUAGCGUUUGGGAUGGCUACACGAUCCACUCGAAUUAUAAGGAAUUUAUAACAACUGAAAGCGAACGAGGAUUAUUUCCGAGCAUUUUCAAUUUGGCCACUAAUUCGUUGAUUACUGCGACGGCCACCUGCGGACAAUAUAGAAGCGAGGAGUAUUGCAAACUGGUCGAGCAUGUGCUUUUGCGAAAAACCACCAAUUCGCAAUCACCUCAAUGCGAUAUUUGCGAUGCGAACAAUGUCCAUAAGCGGCAUCCAAUCGAGUAUGCGAUCGACGGUACAAGAAGAUGGUGGCAAUCGCCGUCAUUGGCGAACGGUCUCGAAUUUGAGAAGGUCAACAUCACGAUCGAUCUUCGACAAGAAUACCAAGUGGCGUAUGUGAUUGUGAAAAUGGGAAACGCGCCGAGACCCGGCACGUGGGUUCUCGAGAAAUCGUUGGACGGCGAAAAUUAUGAGCCGUGGCAAUAUUUUGCGAUGCAAGACGCCGAAUGUAUGCGGCAGUUCGGAAUUCCGGCGACGGCGGGAGUGCCGAGAUUCAAAAAUGACAAUGAGGUGCAUUGUACUAGUGAAUACUCGAAAAUCACGCCAUUGGAAAAUGGAGAAAUCCAUACAUCAUUGGUUAAUGGAAGACCGGGAGCUGAAAACUCGAGUGUCGAACUUCAGAAAUUCACAAGGGCUCGAUUUGUUCGACUUCGCUUAAUCUCACCGCGAACGCUGAAUGCCGAUUUGAUGGUGAUAAAUCGAAAAUCGCAUAUGCUCGACAAAUCGGUGACAAUGCGCUAUUUCUAUUCGAUAUCCGACAUUUCGAUUGGCGGCCAAUGCAUUUGCUACGGUCACGCCGAGAGUUGUCCAAGUGAUCCUGUCACAGGACAAUUCAAAUGCGAAUGUCGACACAAUACCUGCGGCGAGUCAUGCAAUAAAUGUUGUCCGUUGUUCAAUCAGCUUCCAUGGAAGCCGGGAACGAAUUCGCAUCCGAAUGUCUGCCAACAAUGCCAAUGUUUCGAUCAUGCGAAUAGCUGCGUUUAUGAUGAAGAGCUCGAUAUUAAUAAAUGGUCGAUUACGCCGGAAGGAGUUUACGAAGGAGGUGGAAGAUGCGUUGAUUGCGAGCAUAACACUGAGGGAUUCAAUUGCGAACGCUGCAAGGAGGGGUACUAUCGACCAUCUGGAAUGUCACAUUAUCGGCACGACGCGUGUCGGACUUGCGAUUGCGAUCCGAUCGGCAGCGUUUCCGAUGCUUGCGUUCGCGAUGAUCAAACGGCAAUGAACGGACAGCAGCCGGGUGAUUGCGUGUGCAAGCCGGGAUUCGGCGGAAGGCGUUGCGAUCGAUGCGCGCGCGGCUUCAGAAACCAUCCAACGUGCGAGCCGUGCCCGUGCAAUCAAGCCGGCAGUGUCAAUUUCGACACGUGCGACGGCGCGAGUUGUCAGUGCAAAGCCAAUGUCGAGGGCCUCUAUUGCGAUCGAUGCAAGCCGGGCACCAUUCAUCUGUCGGCUCUCAAUCCAUUGGGAUGCCAGUCGUGCUUCUGCUUCGGCCUCUCCAACAAUUGCACACAAGUCGAAUGGAACACCGCGCAGAUAUCGAACAACGUCGGCUGGAAUUUGACGGAUCUCACCGGCGGCAAAGACGUUCGUCCCGACGUCGAGAACGGCGAGGUGUUGAUGUUCAACGCGAAUCAGAACCAGGACCGCAGUUUGUACUACUGGAAAGCUCCGGAAGCGUUCCAAGGCAACAUGUUGAACAGCUACGGCGGCUUCUUGCACUAUUAUGUCUACUAUGUGCCGACGGAACAAACCGCCGCCGCGGUUCCGGUGGCCGACGUGGUGAUCGAGGGCAACGGCGUCAAAGUCGAAUACUAUUCUCGUCUCGAAUUCCUGCCCCGCGAGAAUAUGACGGUGUCGAUUGCGAUUCGCGAAGGCAACGGCUGGUACAAUUCUGCAACUCGGCAGCCGGUCGACAAGGCUGAUCUGAUGAGAGCGCUGGCGCACGUCGAAAAAUUCCUUAUUCGGGCAAUGUAUCAACAAAUGCAGCUUCAAUCGAGCAUAUUUGGACUCUCGCUGGACACUGCUGUUCCGACGCCCGAAGGAGAAGUGCAUUCGGAUGAGAAUGGAUUAAGUCCUUAUCAUUCGAUGAUGAAGGGCGUCGAAGUGUGCGAGUGCCCUGAGAAUUUCGCCGGCAACAGCUGUGAAUCGUGUGCGACCGGCUACCGACGCGUCAACGAUCAAUUGUACGGCGGUCGAUGCGAGAAAUGCAACUGCGAAGGUCAUUCCGACGAGUGCGAUCCGUUCACCGGCGAAUGCCUCAACUGUCAGCACAACACCACCGGAACGAGAUGCGAGAAGUGCAAGAAAGGCUACUACGGCAAUCCGUCGCUUGGCGGCGAACUGGGCGCGUGUUGGCCGUGCGAGUGUCCGACAUCGGCGAACAACCGCUCGCCGGAAUGCAUGAUGACCGAGCUGAUUGUCGCCGGCGCCGCGGCGGCCAAUGAGGACGACUACGUUUGUACGGCGUGCGAGAAGGGCUACGAGGGCAAUAAGUGCGAGGUGUGCUCGGAUGGCUACUUCGGCGAUCCGAUGGCUGAAAAUGGGACGUGCGUCGAGUGCGAUUGCAACGGAAACAUCGACUUGAUGGCGAUUGGGAAUUGCGAUACCGAAACGGGCAAAUGCCUCAAAUGCAUUGGACACACGACAGGAGACCAUUGCGAAGUGUGCAAAGAGAACCAUUAUGGCAAUGCGCUUCAGCAUACGUGCAAACCUUGCGGAUGCCAUACUCAAGGCGCUGUCAAUCCACAAUGCGACGCCAUCGAAGGCAACUGCGAAUGCAAAGAGAACUACAUCGGGAAGCAGUGCGACCGAUGCAAAGAGAACCAUGGGGAUGUUGAUAACGGAUGUCCGGCUUGUGAUUGCGACACUACUGGAAGCAUUGGAAGUGACUGCGAUCAGGUGAGCGGUCAGUGUAACUGCAAGCAGGGAGUAUUCGGAAAGCAUUGUGAUCAGUGCCGACCGUCAUACUUCAAUUUCACCGACGCCGGAUGCCAAUUCUGUCAUUGCAAUAUCUAUGGUUCGAUUGAGGACGGCAAGUGCGACAAUGUCACCGGCGAAUGCGAAUGCCGCGAGAACGUCGAAGGAACAAUGUGCGAGAAAUGCGCCGAGGGCUUCUUCAACAUUUCCAGCGGCAAUGGAUGCGAGGAUUGCCGAUGCGAUCCGCUCGGCGCCGAAGGCGUCGCGUGCAAUCUGAUGACCGGACAAUGCGUCUGCAAGCCGGGCGUCACCGGCCUCAAAUGCGACAAGUGUGCGCCGAACUUCUUCGGGCUCGCCGAUGAGGGAUGCACCGAGUGCGAGCCGUGCCCGGCGCCCGGCCAAGUGUGCGAUCCGAUCGACGGCAGUUGCGUGUGUCCGCCGAACACUGUCGGCGAGAUGUGCGAGAAUUGCACAACCGACGCGUGGGACUACCAUCCGCUGAACGGUUGCCGCUUAUGCGAGUGCUCCGAUGUUGGAAGCGACGGCGGAAAAUGCGACACGGUGUCGGGUCAGUGCAAAUGCAAAGAAGGAUACGUGGGUCUGAAGUGCGAUCGGUGUACGCACGGGUUCUUCAAUUUCCCGACGUGCGAGCCGUGCGCGUGCAAUGCUGCCGGCACCGAUCCGCUGCAGUGCAAAGAUGGCCUCUGUCUGUGCAACGAGAACGGCGAAUGUCCGUGCAAGAAAAACGUCAACGGCGUGAAAUGCGACGCGUGCGCGCCAGGCACGUUCAGUCUCGAGUCGGCCAACCUGAAGGGAUGCACCGAAUGCUUCUGCUUCAAUCGAACAACCACUUGCAAACAGGCGCCGCUGUUCUGGCAGCAGAUGUACGCCGAGGAUCGUCGCGCUGUUUUCCAGGAGCCUUGGGAAUUCUAUACGAAGAGGCAUAACAUCAACAUGCUCAAAGAGUCGCCGUCACACUUCAACAGUUAUCCGACAGAUGCAACACCUCUGUACUGGCCCCUUCCGCCAUCAAUGCUCGGUGAUCGCACAUCGAGCUACAAUGGAUUCUUGCGAUUUAAGAUUUGGAACGAAGACAAUCGUCGCGGAAUCCGUGGAAUCCGUCCCGAUCAGCAAUACUUCCGCUAUUUUCCGCAAGUCGUCAUCGUUGGCAACAAUCGCAUCGAGCUUGAGCACAUUCCGAUGGAAAUCAAUGAUGAUGGAAUCUACAAGAUUCGAAUUCAUGAGAGCGAAUGGCGAGCGAGACAUUCGCCGGAACUCAAGAUGAGCCGGAAGCAGAUGAUGGUGGCGCUUCAGCACGUGCAAGGGAUUUACAUUCGCGGAAGCUACAACUAUCCAGCGAGAGGUGACGCGAUCAAUCUGCAAGAAGUUUCGCUUGAUGUUGCCGUUCCGGAAACUGCACUUGUCACUGGUAUCACCGCAUCAAAGGCGAUCGGAAUUGAGCAGUGCUCGAAUUGCCCACAAGGAUAUAUUGGAAUGUCGUGCCAGAAUCCGGCUGAAGGAUACUAUCGAAAGAAGAACAGAAACUAUUUGAAUGAAGCUGACGAUCUGGCGCUGAUUGGAUGGUCCGAGCCGUGCUCGUGUCAUGGUCACUCGGAGACGUGCCAUCCGGAUACCGGCGUGUGUUUGGACUGCGAGCACAACACCUUCGGCGAUUUCUGCGAGCACUGCCUUCCCGGUUACAUUGGAGACGCUCGCGAGGGCGGCGCCAACGCGUGCACAAAAUGCGCUUGUCCGCUGAUCGACAACUCGUUCAGCGACUCAUGCGUGGCUGUCGAUUAUGGCCGAGGGUACGUGUGCAACGCGUGCCGACCCGGCUACACCGGCCAAUACUGCGAGACGUGUGUGGCGGGUUACUUCGGCGACGCGCAACACGUCGGCGGAUUCUGCGCGCCAUGCGAUUGCCAUCCCGACGGAUCGCUUCACGGAGCCUGCAAUCCGCUGACAGGACAGUGCGAAUGCAAGCCAGGCGUUACUGGAAGGGAUUGCUCCGUUUGUCAGGAGCGACACGCAUUUAUAAACAGAGUGUGCACUUCUUGCGAUCAGGGAUGCUAUCUUCCAUUGAUGACAACAAUGGACGAGAUGGAGGAGCAUUUGGCGGCGCAGAACUUCACCAAUUUGAAGCCGAUCCCAUGGAAGCGCGUGUGGCGAAUCGGCAACGAAACCGACGAGCUGUCGGCGUUUGUGUCGUCGAUUGACAAGAAUGGAGAGAUUGUUCCCGACAGCAAAUGGGCGAAAGAAGCGCUGGGUGUCGUCGACGAGAUCAACUUCCAGGCGGGCAGAGCGAACAAAUCGGCGGUGUCGAUCAAACAGUUCACCGAAAUCGCCGAGCAGUUGAUACUCGAUGCGCAAAUUCACUACGCCAACGCAUUCAACACCACCAACUUUUUGAGAAUGUUCGCCGAGCAUGGAGCGACGACCGUCGGUGGUGCAGCACUCGAUGGAAUGCUGAUGGAAGCUGAAGCUCAUUGGAAUGCGACGAUUGAACGCGGCGAGUACAUCGAGAAGCGAUUCAUCAGAGCCGAUGAGGAGCAUAAGAAAUCACAAGAAUUGCUGAAGAAUGUGUUCGCCAAGAAGCUCAAUGAAACGAUUUUCGAAGAUCUGAAGAAUCGCAUCGACGCAUUCGAGAAGUGGCUCAAUGAUUAUCGAGAGACGAUUUAUGAUCAGGCGAAGAAGGACACAGCUGAUGCUGAAAGGAUUAGCAGUGUUGUGAGCAAACGGAUUGAUCGCUAUAAGGAAGUAUCGAAUGAGAUCGAGAAGCUCAGAGUUGAAGCUGAAGAUCAAUUGGCGUAUGCGAAGAACGCUGUCGAAAAAGCCAAAGCUGAGGAGCUGAUGAACAUGAUCGAGGAUCGCGAGAAGAUCAACACGACGCUUUCUGAGAUUCCCGAGAUGAUCGAACAAUGCCAGAACAUUACACUUCUUUACGCGCAACUCAUUGACGAGUACGACGAGGAGUAUGUGCAGAAGGCGAACAAGCAUGUCGAGCAGCUUGAGAAGGAGGCGAAUGCGAUUGGAGACAGUUUCGCCCAUACUCGAUUGGUUGCCGAGAACCCGUUGAAGGCCUCGCACGCUUAUGAGGAAAUCAUUGAAGCGCUUCGGAAUGCCUCGAAGGCCGCCAAUGAUGCUGUGGAAGCUUCAAAUGCUGCUUACGACCUGCUCGGAAGCGUCGACGACGAGGAGAGCGACGACAAUCUGAUGAAGAAGCUUUCAACGAUUUCGAAUCAAUCUGAGGCCAUUUCCGGCGAUGUUUCAGCCACUUUGAAGAUCUGGAACGACGAAAAUCUUGAAGCGAAGAACAAGGAACUGAUUGAUCGACUCUCCUAUGUGAACGAGCAGAAAAUCGAUAUGAUCAAGAGGCUUGCUGUGAUCAAAAAUGAAGCUUCCUCUUGGGACGACAAACACGACAGAAUGCAUUCGGUGCUCACGAAUGGUGCGAGGACGGCACACGAGCGCGCCGCCGCCGUGAAGAAAGAGGCCGAGGCGAUCAAAGAGGAGAUCGCGGCGAUUUCUGAAGAAUCCGACAAACUUCGGAAUAGCACGUCGGGAUUGAUUCGGCGACAAAUCGAUGAGAUCAAAAAGGCUCGCCAAGAUUUAGAGUACGGUAAAACUCGCCUUGGAAAAGUUGAAGCGACGACGAUCACGAAUCAAGUGCGAUCCGACGACAUGGCUCAACGGAUCGCAUUCAUUCGAGACAAGAUUGAACAAGCCCGCGAGAAGGCCAACCAAAUUCGGCUGUCGAUCAAUUCGGGUGAACGCGGACUCUGCAAGCGAUCGUUCGUCUCGCCGGCUCGUCGCUCGCCGGUCAACACAUUCCACAUCGUCUAUCGUCCACUCCAGAGAGUCGCCGAUUCGGCGAUUCUUGUCACAAAAACCAAAUCGAGAAGGACGCAAUCGUCGGAAUAUGUGGCCGUUGAAGUGCGCGAUAAGCGAGUCGUCGUGCAUUGGAACAUUGGAAAUGGGAAGAAGAUGGCGACGAAUAGCCAUCCGAUAAACUACAUUCCUUCGAAUGAUCGCGUGACAUGGUAUCAUAUUGAUGUUGUUCGCGUUGGUAAUUCGAUCAACGUCACAGUUGGACUCAAAGAGAACGCCGACGGAGGAUUCCGAUCUCGCGGAACUCCGAUCAGCGUAUUCGUUGAUGGCGGAGAUUCGGACAGUGUGAUAUUCAAUACAAUUCGCGGUGAGACCACUCUUGAUGUGGGAACUGAGAACGAGACUGCCGCUGAAAUUGGACUGGCUACUGAGAAGUUCUCCGGAACUAUUGGUGGAUUGAAGGUCGAUGAUGUUCCAUUAUCGCUUUGGGCGUUUGAGAAGACGACACCAGAAUGUGAAGGCGCAAUUGCGCCACCGAAAGUCACCCAACGAGGCCACUCGUUCAAGGAUGGGUUUGCCAACAUCACCAUGUCGGUCUCGGAACGAACCAUGUCGGCGAUCACCAUCGUCUUCAAUGCCUACUCGGCCAACGGGCUUUUGUACUUUAGAGGAAGCGAGCAGAGUGGCGACUUCGUCGCGGUAUUCCUCAAAGAUGGACGAGUCGUUUUCAAGAUCAAUCUUGGCGGAUCCUCAUCGGCCGAGCUCACUUCUCAGAACGUUUACAACGACGGCAAAUCGCAUACGAUCAAGGCAAUCCGAACGGGCAGCGAGAUGUACCUUCAAGUGGAUUCCGAUGCCGAUCGCUUCAACACGGUCAUCAGUGGGCAGAACACGGCGCUCAAUGUUGACAAUGAGCAGCAUUAUGUCGCCGGCGUUCCAAACACUCUCAAUCGCGAGCCAUUCGCUGCUCAUCACAUCCAGUGGAGCGGAUUCGUUGGAUGCAUCACCACUGUCAAACCGUCGCAGAUCGGCGAACUUGAUUUGGACCAUCCCGAAAGCUCGCAGCGGCAGGAGCCUGGAUGCAUCUACCACGGCGAUCAAGUAGUUCCCAACGAGCGAGUCAUCGGAUUCUCGAAGGCCGGAUACCUCAAGAUGCGGGGAAUUCGAAUGGAGAAAGAUUCGACAUUCGGAUUCUCAUUCCGCACUCGCGAAGAGAAUGGAACCCUCAUCUACCAGUCGUCGGAACUUUCUGGGGUUUCGAAAAGGGAUUCCGAGAACACGAAAGGAUAUAUGGCGUUCUACUUGUUCCGCGGCUACCUUGUCCUUCAUUUCGGAAAAGACGCUUCGUCUCGAAACCUCGUCGUCACGUUCCGAUCGACUCAAGCUUACAACGACGGACAAGUUCACGCAGUAUUCAUGGUUCGAAGCGGCAGCUCGAUUCGUCUCAAAGUCGAUGAUAAGGAUGUUGGAGAAGCGCAAACUCUGUCGGACGAAUCUCCCGUCAGCGCAUCGGUUCUUCUCAUCGGAGGAUUCAGCGAUGACUUGACUCCGCCGAACAAUGAGAUUCCGAUAACGGCGCCGUUCAUCGGAUGCGUUUCCGAUGUAUUCCACAAUAUGAAGCACAUUGAAUUGAUACCCAUUUCUCACAACAAUGCUCAAAUCGGAGUGUGCUCGAUCAGCGAAAGAUUGAACAGUGCUCCGAUGGUCGACGACAUGUUGGAUGGUGAAGGUCAGAAGGUUCAUCGGAAGGCCUCGAAGAUCAGCUUCUCGCCAAACCGAAAUUAUUAUGACGUUGUUCCUCCGACAGCUUCGCAUCUUGUUUCAGCUUCAACGAAACCAGCUGAAGACAGGAAUACUGUAAGAGAGCAAAGAAAAAUGAAAACGAGGCCCGACGGCGUUGGCGCCGUCCGAUUCGGAAUAUCCCGUUCAUCGCAUAGUCGUGUCAACUUCGAGACGCCAUAUCCGAAUGUGACCCAUCUUGGAAUCAGCCUUUCACUUAAAACUGAUGAAUCGAAUGGAAUGGUGUGGGCGUGGGCGAAUUAUAAGAACUACACACGCUACAUCUUCUUCAACAUCAUUGAUGGGUUUGCGACUCUUGAAGUCAAGGGCCACAAACAGCCGAAGAUUCUGAAGCAUCUCGGAAGGCGAAUCAAUGACGGACAAUGGCAUGAUGUCGUGAUUCGAAAGAAUGGAAAAUCGCUCACAUUGAAGAUCGACGAACUGGAAUCCGUCGAAAUGCUUGAUUGUCCGACGCCGAAAGUGAUGAAGCGGCGAAUGUACGUCGGCGGUGUGAUUUCGAAGCACAAAUCGCAGUUCGGCUUGAAAACUCCUGGAUUCGACGGAUGCGUUCGCGAUUUGACGGUCAACGACAUUCGCUAUGAGCUUGGCGGCGCGGCUUCACGUGAUGUCAUCACGUGCGCGAAACCGACGAAGGGGGCGUAUGUGCACGAAGGAGGAUAUGCAGUGUUCGACGGAAUUCAAAAAUUGACAAGAGACACCAAAAUCGACAUCCAACUCGACUUCCGUCCGAUUUCCAGUGACGGACUUCUUCUGGCUCUCAUCUCCAAUUCAAACAUGGAUUCUGGAAGGUUGACAUUGGUCGUACAACCAGACAAGAUCCUGGUCACAUUGGUUCACGACGAAUCUCAAUUCGAGCUUCGCGACGCCAUUCCUAGCUUGAAGCCGUUCUGCGAUUCCGACUGGCAUACAUUACAAAUGAUACUUGAAGACGACUCAUUAGUAUUUGUGAUUGAUGGCGAACGAAGCGAAUUAUCUCUGAAUGGAGGCCUCAACUCGAACGCCCGCGAACUGUUGGCGAACAUUCCGCUUCAUCUCGGCGGCGUUUCGGGACCCGUCGCCGAAAAGUUGUCCACACGAAGUCUGUCGGGUUGUCUGCGAAAUUUGCACGUCUCCGGCAAACCCAAAUACUUCGAGAAUUCGUUGAAACUCAACAAAGUUGUCAUCGACGGUUGCCCGAUGCACUAA